GGUAUCUCCAUUUGGCACCAUAACAAGCCUGUUAUUGAUUUUUCAUUUGAAGUUUUAUUUUUUUGCUGUGACAACAAACCAUAAUUCCUGUGGCUCUUUAAACAAGGAGCAAGAGUAUGCGAGUAUGAGAGAGUAUUAAGGAAAAGAGCUUAGCACUCUUUACUCUCCAGUUUACUCAAAUCAGCCGGCAAGUGGGAUUAUUUACACCAUUUAAAACCAACUGUUGCUGGUAGUUUGUUGUGUUUGGUUUAUUUUUGUCAACAAAACAAAAGCUGUGUGUUUACAAACAAAAGAAUACCAAACAGGAAGUUGUUUACAAAACAAACAUCCGCAUUUAAGUACACAACACAACUCUACAGUUCAUCUCAUAUCCAUUGAAUAGGAAAAUCUAAAUUAAAAAUCUUAAAGCCUGCAUUUUAGUUUUCUACAAGAUUUUAAAAUUUCCUAUAUUGAAACUUUUUCUAGGAGCCCCCCUUACUAUGUAAAACUCCGUAUGCUUUAAACACAAAACUGGGGGGCUCCAUUACGAAAUACGAAACACUUUGGAAUAUACACACAUCAUCUUUAAAUUAAACAACUAAAUUUGCGUGGUUUAAGCAGAAAAAAGAAAGGAAAAUGAAAUACAGCAAAUUCCAUUCAGACUCUCAUCAUCAUCACCAUCAUCACUAUGGUGGUGGCGGUGGUGGCAGCAGCAGCAAUAGUGGCUCCGCUAGUAGUGGCAGCAGUGGCGUGGGCUUAAGCAGUGGCCGCAUAUCAAUGUCGUUGUCUGCAUCAUCGAAACGUCAUCAUAAAAAACACAACUGGGGCACCAGAGAACGUACGGGCAUGAGCUUUUUAAUUGUGAUUGCUUUCUUUGCUGUUUUUGGUUUAAUUAUUUUAACGGAGCUUUUUAUGAUCGAUGAACGUGCUCAUGGUGGAAUGAUGACCUUACGUAGUGGCAAUAGUUUUGGCCGUUUGGGAGAUUCCAUGCCAGAUUAUGAUAAUGUCAAGGAUGAUUAUGAUCUCCUGGAUGCUGGCUUAUUAAAUGAUAAUAAAUUAGGUUUCGUGCAGUUUCAUGACAAUAAAUUUAAAAUUCAAGAUGCUGAAAGCAAUAAUAAUGGUGCUGGCGGUGCUGGAGGUGGUGGUGUUGGCAGAUUGGCUGGUGUCUUAUUAAAUUCACAAACUGGCGGUAAUGCUUAUAUGGGUGCUGGCAUUGGUGGUGGCACUGGUUUGGGCUCCUCAUCGCUGAUGGGUGCUAGUGGUGGCAAUGGCCCCCUCAUACCAUGGGGCAAAACAUUGCCCACUGAAAUAGAGAACUCAUUGCCACGUCUACCAUUUGGCUCAUUGCCAACGGAUGGCUCAUGGCAAAUUGUAAAUGGUACACGUUUUAAAUUUUUUGUUUUCUCUGCCUACUAUGAUCGUCGUAAUGGUUCGAAGUUGGUACGUGUUAUUGGUGCUACAAAAACACGUGGCCCCGAGAGGGUAUGGUGUAGAUUUUGGUAUGUGGCUAGAAAUGUUACGUUUGCCGGCAAAGCGGGCAGAUCGAAUAUGAAGGAGAAAUACAAAUCGGUCUCAGUGAUGGCGAGAGUAAAGGUCAUUCGUGAAAAUUGGAAUCUUAAGUACAGCGCUUGUUUCAUCCUAUGUCCAGUACGUCCUCCAGAAUACGAUGUUCCUGAUUAUGUUAGUAUAGUGGCUCGUUUACGUGCACCUCCUGGCAAUAUUUUGGAAUUAAGAAAUACCGAUUGGGAUGAAGAUUUCCUAAAAGCUGCCAAGCCAAACGUAUCAAAAUUGGAAACACAGCCCCAAACCAAGCCAAAUCAAGCUCCUUUUGCCAACAACAAAUUUCCUUCGGAAGCUGAAAUGAAAGAUGAAAUUGCCAUCUGUGUCAAACCAUUUCAUUUUGAUUAUGAUCAAUCUUUGUUCUUAAUGGAAUUUCUAGAAUUCUAUUCCUUAUUGGGUGUAACACAUUUUACCUUCUACAAUCACACAGUGGGUACACAUGCCUCUUGUGUACUGGAUCAUUAUAUCAGAGGAGAUAUACCGGGUAAUUCCACAGCUCAAGAUGUGUUUGAUGUAAACGAAACAGCCAGAAAAUAUGAGGAUCCCUCUUUAGCUUCUUCAUUGCCUCCCCCCAAAUUGCUCAAAAGCUCCAGCUAUCAUCCACCUUCAGUACAGAUUUUACCCUGGAAUUUGCGCAUGCGUUCGCAAAAGGAAAUACGUACUGAGGGCUUAUUUGCCGCUUUAAAUGAUUGUCUGUAUCGCACCAUGUACCGUUAUAAAUAUUUAGCUUUAGUGGACUUGGAUGAAUUUAUAGUGCCAAGGCUAAAUGACACUCUUCAGGAGUUGUUAAGCUCCUUGAAUUCCCGUUUCCGUAAUCGUAAUUUGGGUGCAUAUUCUUUUCAAAAUGCUUUCUUUUAUUUACAAUUUGCCGAUGAUCCUUUGUUGGCCCGUUUGGUGGAGGGUGAGAAUAUGGAUAUAGCCAAAUUGAAAGCUGCUUUGGUGACACAGAGAAAAACGAGAAGACGUUUUAAAUUGCAUCCCCAAAAACAACGUUCCAAAUACAUUUGCAAGCCAGAGGAUGUUAUUGAGGCCGGUAACCAUUUUGUUUGGGAAUACUCACCAGGCAAGGGAUCAUUAAAUGUGCCGCCUACCGAUGCCAUAUUACAGCACUAUAGAGUUUGUGAAUUUGGCGGCAAUGAUUGUAUAAAGGCUCCCUCUAUGGUUGAUCGUACUGCCACCAAAUAUGUUAAUCGUUUGGUGGAACGUGUCUAUAGUGUUUAUCGUCAUCUAAAAGAUAAAUGUGACUUGCCACCCUUGCCACCGAUACCCAAACCAGCGCCUCCACCAAAACUGGAAAUGAAACCCAUCAUAAGAAAGGUAACAAAUGAUAAGAGUGUAAAUAAGAAUGAUGAAUUAAUUAAACGUACGGCAGAUAAGAAAAUUGAUAAAUUGGUAAAAGACAACGAAAUCUUGAAAGAUAAACAAGUGAAAAUGAAAACGACAACAAUAACAACGAUGCUAACGAAAAUUCAAUUAACGAAUGGAACAGCAAAUGCUGGUCAACUUUCGAAAGUGAAUAAAACAACGAUAAACGUUAAUAAUAGUAGUAGCAAUAGUAGUAGUAAUAGCAGUAUUUCUACUACUGCUACAUCUUCUACUUCAACUACCACUAGCACCAGUAUUGCAACCACAAGAACAACAACGAAAGAUUCAACUACGACCACAGUAAUGAAUCCAUUUUUGUUGAAAAAACCCCAUAAAGUGGUAGUAUUUUUCAUCGAUGAUAAAGGCCAAUCUAGGGCACGUUUAGAGUAUCAUUAAAUUGUAAGGCAAUAAAAUAUGAACAUUUGCUCAAAUAUGUUAAGAAAA